CAAACUUUGGGUUGAAAAGGUCAGUUACUCUUAGUGCGAAUAUGUAUUCGAACUUACCUCUCCAGUUUUAACUUCCUCCUCCCCCUCCAUCCUGCGUGAUUUGCCAUGGAAGAAUUUCCCUUACAAAAGGUAGCAAUAUCAGGUCCGACACUAGCCUCCAUGAUCCAACGGUUCUCCUCUUUCCCUGGGGACGUAGAUGGUUUCAUCUUCGGCCAUGUCACUCAAAUCACCACGCUCUCCGACGAUACAUCCUCCUCCGAUAAUUCCGCCUCCCAAAUCACCGCUACUAUCACCAGCUUCCUCUGCUCCGGCUCAACUCUCUCCUUCUAUGACGCAAUCGGCCGAAUCAACAUACCCAAAGUCCCCUCUCAUAACCAAAACCACCACCUCCUCGGCUGGUUCUCCGGCCGCCGCCAAUCCGCUCUCCGUCCAUCCAUGCGUGAAUUCUCUGUGACAAAUUCUCUCACGAAAAUCCCCCAAUUUAAGUUCUCAAUUAAAAACUCUUCAGAAACCCUAACUCCGUGCGUUUUUGUCCUCUUCACCACUCCCUUAACGGACCAGCUGAUCCACACGCACCAGCACAGCGCGUACCAAUUCAACACUUCGAAAAAAUCUUUCCAACCGAAGUCACUUGACGUUGUUAACAUUGGCCCUGCAUUUCGAGGGCAUUACGAUAAUUUCGUUCCGAACUGCGCGUUGCCGUUGAUGAAUUGCUCGGCGAUGGAUGAGGAUAGCAUGACUGCGAAGAAGGAAAGGGCGAGUGAUAAAAAACAAUUGGAUUUGUGUGCGGAAGGGUUUCAAAUUGAGAGGUUGAGACGGCUGAUGGGACCCGAGGCAGCGAAUUUUACAGAAUCUUUGGAGGAGUUGUAUGAGAAAAUGUUGGCUAAAGCUGAGAGUUUGGCUCGACUUGUUGAGUCCAGCUCCGCUAAGGUUUUAGAGCUGGAAAAUCACAAUAGGAAGUUGAGGUACAAGAUUUCUAGGUCUGCUGGAUUGGAGUAAUUGCUUGUUUGGUUCCUUAUUAUUUCUGGUUCAUUAUAAGAAUUUUUAUAACAGUAAAGUGCCCAAUCUUUAGUUGACUGUUAGGCAGUCGGAAUAUUCAAAGUGGUUCGGUAAAGAUGAAAGAUGCGGCUGGGAUUUGUAGACUGACUUCUGAGCUGAAGUUGGCACGUAUUCUGGAGCCGCUGACGAUAUUAGAAAUGACAGUUCGGAAUAUUUGGUGGCUCUGGGAAGACGAGGAUGUCUGGACAUUGCCUCUGUUUGGGUGCUUGUACACCUCCUACAUUGAUCAUAUCUAUCUUGUGUACUAUGUAUCUCUGUUGUUCUCCAUUUACUUUUCAGAAUUCUUGUACUCUAGAGACCCAGAGUGGUUUGUGUCAAAAGAAUGAAACUGGAUCCAAAUCAGAUGAUGUUAUUAUUACUUUAAUUUCAAGAGGCCUUUUGGGCACAGAUAUUUAAAGAUUAUUUGAAUAA